AUGGCCGGCGGCGGCGGCUCGACCGCCCCCGUCUUUCGCCGGUCGACGUACGUCCGAUGGACGACCGGCGUCGUCUUGGCGCUCCUGCUGUUCGUGUUCUUCGAGGACGUCGACGCGCUGCGCGGGAGGGCGCGACGCGCGGUGCUCGAUUACGCGCGCGCGACGCCGACGCCGACGACGCCGUCGACGACGACGACGCUCGCGCGGUAUAGCGCGGUCGAGCGCGUCGCGGCGGCCGCGUCGCGCGCGUGGGACGUGAUGACGCCGACGCGACCGGCGAGCCCGCGCGAGCGCGACGCGAACGACGCGGCGCCGCGCGGCGCGGAAACGAAUCGAUCCACCCCGUCGUCGUCGUCGCCGCCGCGAGCGCGCGAGCCCACCGCCGCCGCUUCCGCUUCCGACGACGACGACGACGACGACGACGAAGAGCCGUUCGGGUACGACGACUGCCUGAGCUUCGGCAGAGGAUGCCACGGGGACGAUGCGGAUCUGAGCGACGCGGAGUUGGCCAAGGUGGAAGUGCGAGAGAUCGCCCCCGGUCGCUUCGAGACGCUGGAAGCGGACGACAUCGGGGAGGAAGCGGACGAGGACCUCGAAGACGACGUCGAGUGGGACGAGCACGACGUCAAGUUCCGCGACGACGACGAGGAGGAGGAGGAGGAAGAGGAGGGGGAUAACGCGACGCGUAGGGUUACGGUGGUAACGCCAUCCCUGGGGGCGUUACCGUUACCGGACCCGCCCGCCGCCGUCGGCGGCGCGUUUCGAAGCGUCGGAAAAGUCUCGCCGUUCGCGACGAGAUGCCCGGACCUGGAGAGCGCGGACGACGGCGCGCUCUUGGACGCGGCGAAGCGCCGCGCGUUCAACAACGAGAUCAUCCUCGCGACGACCAACGCGGGCGGCGCGCACCUCGCGGCGAACCUCGUCGCGAACUUGCGCUCCGUGGGCGUCGAGCAUUACCUCCUCUUCUCCAACGCGAAAGCCGCGUGCGAGCGUCUGACUUCGAAGGGCGGUCCUUCAGCUUGGACCAUCGACGCGGCGUACACGAGCUACCUCGAUGGACACCCCGGUUUGGAGACGUACGGGUUGACCGUCGAGGAGGGCGCGGUGCCGUUCCGGCUGUGGUGGGCGCGGCUUCGGUACAUGGAACGGCUGGUCGGCGCGGGGUACAACGUCAUGUACGUCGACACGGACGCGUCGUUCCGGGUGAACCCGUACGCGCUCUUGAAAGGGCCGUUCGGCGGGUUCAACCUGUUCGCGCAGGACGAGACCGGGCUGUUGAACGGUCUGAACGUCGGCGUGGUGUACGCGCAGAACGCGAAGAUCGGCGGACCGACGCAUCGCGCGCUGAACGAGACGGUGAACCGGAUGUUGGCCGCGCUCGAGUCGGACCCCCCGCUGACGCGGUGGGACGGGACGAUGCCGUGGGGCUGGGCCGGCAAAGAGGUCAUGUGGGACCAGCACAUCUUCAACGACGUCGUGGAGACGUUCGCGUGGGGAAAGCACAUCGAACGGCGGUCGGGGCGGUGCCUCAUCGAGAACGCCAAGCGGGACGCGUGGGAGAGAGAGAGAGGGUACCCGGCGUACUUUGGCGACGGCGCGAUCGGCGACGGGUGGACGGCCGAGGUCGUGACGAUAUCCGCGGAGGAUAUCGAAAACGCGGGGGGGUUGGACGUCACGGUCGGUCAGCAUACGGUCCACGCCGCGCCGUUCAAGGAUUACUUCCCGGGUGUGAACGCGAGCGCGACGACGACGACGACGACGACGAAGACGACGACGAUGGAGGAGAAGGUGAUCGCGGCGCCGGCGUGGUUGUUCGCGGGGUGGGACGGCGCCGCGGGCGAGGGCGACGCGUUGCUCGGCGCGUUCGGAUGGUGGACAGCGAAGAAGCCGAAGAUCGCGAUCGCGCACUUCGUCGGCGGGCUCGGGAAGCAGACGACCAUGAAGGCGUUGGGGUGGUGGACGUACGGCUCGGAGGUGUACAAAAACUGGAAGACGACGGCGACGCGCGAGGCGUUCGACGAAAGGGGUGCGGGCGCGCUCGCCGUGACCGGGCUUCUCCCCGGGUCACGCGAAGACGACCCGGACGCCGCGGUGAACGCGUUCGGGGAGUCGAUCGCGCGGUUGAUCGCGCUCGCGGUGGAGCUGAACCGCGUGCCCGUGAUCCCGGGGCUGCCGUGCGACGCGCCGUGGAUCAAGCGAAGAGACGGCGCGCGGUUCGGGAUCAAGGUGCGUUCUAUACAAACGUUUUUCACCCACCGCUCGGUUUCAACAUUUGAUCGCGUCCCAUUUCAACUGACCGGUGAACUAUUUUUGUAUGGAACGACCCUCAAGGACCGCGAGCACGUCGUGACGUCCGCGCUGUGCGAGGGCGGCGGGCACGGUGACGAUGGUUUUAACGGUAACGUUUCGAGCGUUACGACGAGGAUCGCCACCGCGAGCUGCUGCAGGGCCACGUCUGUGAACUUUCAGUGCGACGAGCCCGGGGUGCUGCUCGAGGUGGACCUUCUCAACGACCCGCGCUCGCGAGCCGCGUACCCGGAGUCCUCGCGCGAAGUCGUCGACGCGAAGGCGUUCGUGACGACGCGCGACGACGACGCCGUGGGGAUCGUGAACGGCGGGCUCGACGGCGUCGCGCGAAAAGACGCGCGGGUGCUCGUCGUGGACCUGAGCGGCGUGAACGGCGAGGUGCCGAGGUUGCCGGAGAAGACGGAAGAUGCGGCGGCGUCGUCUGCGGCGGCGGCGGCGGCGGAGAAAAAAAAGCGUUUGGAGAAAAAAAAACGUUUGGGAUGGAUCUUCGACGCGUGUCCGCAUCUGAACUGCGGCGGGCGACGGAAGCCGUGGCCGACGCACGAGCACGGGUGCGCGCUUCCCCCGCAAGGGUUAGAGCAUCGCGACAGGAAGGACUCGGGGAGGGUGGUGAUGCCCGCGCGGCGAAGGUCUCCCGGAGGUAGAAAAGAAAAAGUGUAGAGGUUUAAUAACCAAUCCAGAAUUAUCGUU